AUGCGCCAGUUCCUCGGAGGUGUGGGGACUGCCAUUACGACGACAGAAGGUAUUCUUGUUUACCCCAUACAAGUUAUGAACAAGAAGAGAAAGGUUGUCUCUUUAAUCAUGUAUUCUGCUGAUGAUGGCAAAACAUGGAGGUUUGCAAACGGGAUGACGGAUCCCGGGUGUACUGAGCCCGUUGUCCUUGAGUGGGAAGGGAAGCUCAUCAUGAACACUCGCGUUGACGUCGGCUAUCGCAAGGUGUACGAGUCCACAGACAUGGGGGAGACAUGGAGGGAGGUUGUCGGGACACUCUCCCGGGUGUGGGGCAACUCACCAACACGGGAAGGACCCGGCAGCCAGAGCAGCUUCAUCCCCGUAACGAUUGGAGGUAAGCGUGUGAUGUUGUUUACACAUCCAUUGAAUUUCAAGGGGAGGUGGGAGCGCGACCGACUCCACCUGUGGCUGACGGACAACAAUCGCAUAUUUGAUGUUGGUCAGAUUUCCGUUGGGAGUGAGAAUGCCGCUUACAGUUCACUGCUCUACAAGGAUGACAAGUUGUAUUGUUUGCACGAAACUAAUCUUCAAGAGAAGUAUAGUCUUGUCUUUGUGCGCCUGAUUGAUGAACUAAAUCUGAUCAAGUCAGUGGUGGCGUCUUGGGUGGCGCAGGAUAACUACUUCUCGCACAUUUGUACUCCCACGGAUCCUCAGUCUCCACCCCGUGAGAAUGGAUGUGGCGCUCCUUUCCCAACCGCCGGACUUGUUGGGUUCUUGUCAGAGAGUGUUGAAGAGGGCGUCUGGCACGAUGUCUACCACUGCAUGGGGGCCAACGUGAUCAAUGCAGAGAAGGUUCCUGGUGGUUUUAAGUUCAAGGGAGGUGGAGGCGGUGCGCAGUGGCCAGUGGGUAGGCAGGGCCAGAACCAGCUUUACCAUUUCGCAAACUACAUGUUCACCCUGGUGGCGACGGUGUCAGUUAAUGAACUUCCGGCAGACGACAGCGCGACGCCGCUGUUGGGUGUGAGUCUGGACGACUCUGGGGAGCACAAGCUUCUCGGGCUUUCGUACGGGAGCAACAAGCGGUGGAUACCAAUAUAUGGUAAGCGUCAUGUAUCGUCUACGCAGCUGUUGGUGCCGAAUAAAACGUACCAGGUGGUUCUCACGUACCAGGACGGGGUGGGCUCUGUCUAUGUUGACGGUGAGCCUUUGGAGGAAUCGGGGAAGAAGCUUCCGGGUAUAUCAAAAGAAGGGAUUAAGGUUUCGCACUUCUAUAUUGGCGGGUAUGGGAGCCGGAGAAUGAGGUCCGACAGUCACGUGACGGUGACUAAUGUUCUUCUUUACAACCGUCAGUUGAACCAGAACGAGGUGAAGACAGUCUUCUUGAACAGAAAC